UCCGCGCUCCAGAGCUGCCGCUGCCCUGUGGGAAGUGACGCGCUGCGUCAAGCGGAAGCGACGCGCUUCGCGUGCAGGCCCGGACCGGUGGGGGGGGUUCGGACAAGAUGGCUGGAUCUACAGUUAAAGUACCUCGUAAUUUUCGCUUGUUGGAAGAACUUGAAGAAGGACAGAAAGGAGUAGGUGAUGGUACAGUAAGCUGGGGCCUUGAAGAUGAUGAAGAUAUGACACUCACCAGAUGGACAGGAAUGAUUAUUGGGCCACCAAGGACAAACUAUGAAAACAGAAUAUACAGUCUGAAAGUAGAGUGUGGACCUAAAUAUCCAGAAGCACCUCCUACAGUUAGAUUUGUAACUAAAAUUAAUAUGAAUGGAAUAAAUAAUUCCAAUGGAAUGUAUCAGCACAGAUGGAAGGGUCCACCUGCAUGGAUCUUAUUGCAGAAUCUGUAUCUGUGUGGAUGCACGGAGCAUACCAGUGUUAGCAAAAUGGCAAAAUUCUUAUAGCAUUAAAGUUGUACUUCAAGAGCUAAGACGUCUAAUGAUGUCCAAAGAAAAUAUGAAGCUUCCACAACCUCCAGAGGGACAAACUUACAACAAUUAAUUUUAGCUGAUUCUCAAACUUCUGUCUUAAAACAACAACCUUCUACUCAUGUUAAUGUCUUGAUUAAAUCUCACAAUGCAAACACCCACACAUUAAAAGAAUUUCAGCUGGUAUACAUGACCUGGACAUUUGUAAGAAUAUAUAUAAUAUAUGUAUGCCCAAUAUGUUUUCAGGCACUAUGGGAGAAAAAGGCAGCACAAUUAUUUUUUUUUCUCUUAUCGAGGCACUGUCAUUUAAGCAUAAGCCUGAAAUAGCCUAAAAUUGGAAUUCAGGUUUUACAAGAUGAAAGCAUGACAGAAAGUGUCAGAUUGCUGUGGAAUAAUAUAUGUUUCUGAAAAUAAUCUCUUGAGAAGGCAAAAUAUAAAUGGCAUGCUUUAUCCAUCUUGCUUAGUAAAAGAGCUGCAGUUAAAUUUGUUUUAAAGUAGCAGGUACAGUGAAUACCGUUGCUCAUCUUGUUUAAUUUUGCAAGGGUGUGGGUGCCGACUACUAGUAGUGUCACAAAGUAUGUUCAGGAUUGUUUUGAUACCUGUAUUUAUAAAAUGGGGGGAUUAAUUUCUGUUAAGCAGCUCCUGUGUGUUACAUGUAUCGGACAUGGCAAAUAUUUGUUUACAGUCUUUGUUCUAAUAAACCAUGCAUUUAAGUUUUAGUGAAACAAAGGAAAUGUAUGGAUAUGUGAUUGAGAUUAAAGUUAGUCUUAAAAUGUAAAUAAAAUGUGGAAAGUG